AUGAGGGCAAAAACUGAAGCUGAAAAAGUGACAGGGAAGGUGGACCUUUUCCAAAGUUCUUCAUCAACUGCAUCCACCUCAGGUCAUGCUGAGACAGAGAGCUCCACCGUGGAGGAGUGUACCAGACGCUCCCAGAUCACAGUCUCCAAAAAACAGAACUGGGCUAAACUUCCCUCUACAAGCAAAGACCCAGCCAACACAGAUCUGUGUACGAGCCUGGUCUAUGGGCCACAGGACUGGGAUUUGUGCUCAGGAAAGGCUGAGGUCUCAAAACAGGCCUGGAGCCAAAGGACUUUGAGUGAGGAUGGUUUGAAGAGGAAGCAGAAUGAUCUGGAAUUAGAGUUUGGAUAUUCCAGGACCCCAUGCGAUUCCAUUGACGCCGGUUUGCCGGAGUUGACCCCUGCAUCUACAAAUUUUGUGGAUAUGUGUGACUCUUCUAGCUCAGCGAAGAUCUCUGGGCAAGGUGCCUACCUCCAGCACCUGGACCGAAGUAGUCGGGCCUGGGUACUGUCCACAGGAAAGCCCCAGUCAUCAGAUGAAGUCCUCCCAGCCAGAAUAACAGAGUGGCGACAGGGCCCAGGCGGAGAUGGAAACAUUUGGUACAACCCCAUUCCUGAAGAGGACGACUCGAGGGCCACCGGAGGAGCAGCUCAGGAAAAAUAUGGAGAUCCGUGGAGAAGGAGAGAAACUGAGGAAUCGGCAAAGGAGAAAAGAGAUCAGAAACGAUCAGGGGGGUUGAGUCCUACCGGUGUACAUCAAAUGAGAGAGAUUCAAACUGAGGCCGACAUCAUCAGGGCGGAAAGUUUGGCUUCUCGCAGUCAGCAGCUGUGUGUCCGUCUGGAGCCUCGCGGUUUGCUGUAUGUGAAGUUGACCCUUCUGGAGCAGUUUGUGACCCCGUUCCCCCGCCUCAGUGACCUGCCUCCUCCUAAAGUGUUUGGGAUGGAGCUGCGCCACCUGGUGGAGAAGGAGGCAUCUGCGCUCAAAGUGCCUCUGAUCAUUCAGAAGUGUAUUUCUGAGAUUGAGAGGAGAGGACUGAAGGUGGUGGGAUUGUAUCGUCUUUGUGGCUCUGCGGCGGUGAAGAAGGAAUUGCGGGAUGCAUUUGAGAGGGACAGUGCAGCGGUCACCUUAAACGAUGAGCUCUAUCCCGACGUCAACGUCAUUACCGGCAUUCUGAAGGACUACCUGCGAGAGCUGCCGUCUCCUCUCAUCACGAGGACCCUGUAUGAAGUGGUGUUAGAGGCCAUGAUGGUUCGACCGGCCUGCAGAAACACCAGCGACGCUCAGCGAUCACAAAACACCGUCUCACUGCUGCAGUGUCUUCCUGAAGCAGAGCGGGCGACUCUUUCCUUCCUGCUGGAUCAUCUGAGUCUGGUGGCGUCUUACAGCGACAGCAACCGCAUGACGUGUCAGAAUCUGGCCGUGUGUUUCGGGCCGGUCCUCCUGACGCCCACACAGGAGUCGUGGCAGGCCGGGAUGACGGCUCCCGGAUCAGGGGCCCUGGCGGGGUCCGGGGCCGGUCGAGGAGGCCGUAGCUUUGCACACAGUGAAGAGAUCGCCAGCGCCGUGGACUUUAAACGACACAUAGAGGCGCUGCACUAUCUCCUGCAGCUCUGGCCUGUACCCAAAGGACGAGUGACGGGUGACUCUCUGGCUUCCCAGAGUUCCUUGCAGGUGGUGGUUUCCCGCAGGGGGCGUGGCCGGCUGGAGAGCCCGCCCUGUAACCGCUACGCCGGCGAUUGGAGCGUUUGUGGGCGGGACUUCCUGUCGAACGACGAGGCGGAUUACGACGAGGUGGCAGGCAGCGAGAGCGAUGACGAGGACAUGGAGGAGCCGAAGAAGAGGGACGUGUGGACGUCUCCCGACGGUGUGUACGUGGACGAGUUUGCGCUCGACUUUGACGCUCCGUUCACGUGCCGAUUGAGUCUGAAAGACUUCGACACUCUGAUUUCAGACUUGGAGAGAGAGUUAGCCAAACAAAUCAACAUCUGCCUCUGAAGCGGACUGAAGCAGAAUCUGUGCGUGUUUGCGCUCAGCAGAUGCAUUUUAAUACACUAUUAAAAAAUGGAGUAACUUCUCGAGAAACAUGCGUUCUGUUGCAUGUGUAGCAUUGACACAAAAGACAACCACAAGUUGCCACAGAAAUGCCAACAUGCAAAUAAAUACUGUAUUUUCUGGUAAAUAAAUUGCAUCGUUAAGAGAAGAAAAAAAAUCAUGCAA